AUGUCGGGAGAUUCGACGCGCUCACCACUGGGAUUUCUCGCCAUCCAGGUCGAUAUCCACCGCCCGCCGGGCGAUCCUUUCAAUUGUCGCACGUGGUCAUUCCCGCUGAUACAUGAGCUUGUCGAGGACUCAGGGGAAGCAAAGAUCGUGACCAAAGAUCCCUACGACGAUGAUCUACUCGCACGUUUUGUGAGAGCCGGUAUAAGUCUGGCAGAGCGGGGCGCUGUGGGUUUGAUCACAAGCUGUGGCUUUCUUGCAUUGGCGCAAGACCGACUUGCGAGUCAACUUCCGAUUCCACUCGCUACAAGUGCGCUGCUACAAAUUCCUAGCAUUCUUAUUUUGCUUCCUAAGCAUACAGUCGUAGGCGUUUUGACGUACGAUUCUGCACGACUUGGCGCCAUACAUCUGCAAGCCUUGGGUCUUAAUGCUUCAAGAAUCCGCAUACGUGGAAUGCCAGCGCAGGGCCAUCUUCGCAAGGUGAUCCAAUGUGGUGCUAUUUAUGAGGCAUCGGCCAUGGAAAGGGAAAUGGUUGAACAGGCAAUGAGGCUAAUAGAAGAAGCAGAACUGGAUCGACAAACGAUAGGAGCUAUUGUUCUGGAAUGCACGCAAAUGCCACCUUACGCCGAGGCUAUACAACGUAAGACUGGAUUGCCGAUCUACGACGUUUACACCAUGGGAGAAUGGUUCUACAAUGGAUUAGUUAGGAGAAUGCCAGUUGGGUGGCGGGAGGACAUUAGAACUGAUAACAAAUAG